GAUAUUUCUUCAUGGCUCGUGUUGGUGAAAAUGGAGUUAAUAAUGCAAUCGAUACAAGGACAAAGGAGCAAAAAGCAAUCGAUGAAUGGCUACCAAUAACAUCGAACCGGAAUGCGAAGUGGUGGUACUCAACUAUGCAUAAUGUUACCGCUAUGGUUGGUGCUGGUGUUCUUAGUCUCCCUUACGCUAUGUCUCAGAUGGGAUGGGGAGCUGGUGUAACAGCAAUGUUACUAUCAUGGAUUAUAACAUUUUACACAAUCUGGCAAAUGGUUGAGAUGCAUGAAAUGAUUCCGGGUAAGAGAUUUGACAGAUAUCAUGAACUAGGUCAAUGCGCGUUUGGUGAAAAACUUGGCCUCUGGAUUGUUGUUCCACAACAAAUGAUCGUAGAGGUCAGCACUUGUAUCAUCUACAUGGUAACUGGUGGUAAAUCAUUGCAAAAAUUUCAAGAAAUUAUAUUCCCAAACAUGAAACCACUCAAACUCACUUAUUUCAUCACCUUCUUUUCAUCCAUCGAGUUUGGCCUAUCUCUGUUACCAAAUUUCAACUCCCUCUCCUCUGUUUCAUUUGUCGCGGCUGUUUUAUCCAUAGCAUAUUCCUUUAUAGCAUGGACUGCAUCAAUAAAAGAGCACGCGAUUGGGACACAAGUAGUGAGUUAUGGUCCAAGAAGUAGUAAAAGUUCAGAUAAUGUGUUUAUGUUUUUGAGUGCAUUAGGUAAUGUAGCAUUUUCAUAUGCUGGACAUAAUGUUGUUCUUGAAAUUCAAGCUACUAUUCCUUCAACACCAGAGAAUCCAUCAAAGAAAGCUAUGUGGAAAGGUGUAUUGAUAGCUUAUAUUAUCGUCGCGAUAUGCUAUUUGCCUGUUGCUUUCGUUGGAUAUUGGGUGUUUGGUAAUGGAGUUGAUGAUAAUAUUUUGCUAACACUAUAUAAACCUGUUUGGCUUGUUGCUGCUGCUAAUAUCUUCGUAGUCUUUCAUGUCAUUGGAAGUUACCAGGUUUAUGCAAUGCCAGUGUUUGACAUGUUUGAGACAUUCGCGGUGAGGUCAAUGAAAUUCAAACCUUCAUUUCGCCUACGUUUUGUCGUGCGUAUGCUUUUUGUUGCAUUUACAUUGUUUGUGGGUAUCACAAUUCCAUUCUUUGGUGGUUUAAUGGGAUUCUUUGGAGGCUUUGCUUUGGCACCAACUUCAUACUAUCUUCCAUGUAUCAUUUGGCUUAUACUCAAAAAGCCCAAGAGGUUUGGCUUGUCAUGGACUAUUAAUUGGGUGUGUAUCAUAGUGGGUGUACUUUUGACUCUUCUAUCUCCUAUUGGUGGAAUGUGGAGCAUCAUUAAAUCUGUCAAGACUUAUAAAUUCUACCAAUGA